AAAUCAUUUCAAAUCAUCUUCUAAACGCACCCUUAAAUGUCACAAACAAUAGCCGUGUAUUCGUAGAUGUCAGUCAAUUGAACACAGGCUGACCAUGGAGAAGAUCAGAAAAAUGCAUCAAAAUCUUAUCUAUUCUUGUAAUCCUCUUCUACGAAUCGCUCGUCAAUGCUCCUUUUACUCUUCAAUCAACCCACAAAUUUGUUAUCAACAUGUUAACCCACAACAAUCAUCAAACCAAAUAAGAAACCCUAAUCCCCAAAAUGACUUACGAUCAUCCUCAUCACCCUUAAUUGCUUCUCGAACUCGAAUCCAGAAGCUAAUAUCUUCUCAAUCAGACCCUCUUUUAGCUAAAGAAAUCUUUGAUUUAGCUUCUCAUCAACCCAAUUUCCAACAUUCUUACUCCACUUACCACACUCUAAUCCUCAAACUUGGAAAUGCUCGUCAAUUUUCCCUCAUGGAAAAGCUUCUUCUACAAUUAAAGAAAUUGCAAUUAUCUACAAACCCAGUUUUGUUUUCUCGAUUAAUUUGCAUUUACGGUGAUGCCCAGAUGCCAGAAAAGGCUCUUAAGACAUUCUACAGUAUCAUUGAUUACAAUUGUAAACCGACAUCAAAACACCUAAAUGAUGUUUUAAGUGUACUUGUAGCUCAACGUGGGUUUAUUAGACCUGCUUUUGAUCUUUUUAGGAGUGUCCAUAAUUUUGGAGUAACCCCAAAUGUGAAAUCUUACAAUAUUUUGAUGAGGGCAUUUUGCAGUAAUGAUCAAAUUAGUGUUGCAUACAAGCUGUUCAAUGAAAUGUUUAAAAGAGAAAUUUUGCCCGAUGUUGAAUCUUACAGGAUUUUGAUGCAGGCAUUGUGUAGAAAAAGUCAGGUGACUAAAGCUAUGGAUUUGUUGGAUGAUAUGCUAAACAAAGGUUUUGUGCCAGAUACAUUGAGCUAUACUAGUUUAUUGAACAGUCUGUGCAGGAAAAAGAAGCUAAGGGAGGCUUAUAAGCUGCUAUGUAGAAUGAAAGUUAAAGGGUGUAAUCCAAAUCUUACACAUUAUAAUACUGUUAUGCUCGGUUUGUGUCGGGAGGGGCAAGCACUCAAUGCUAUUAAGGUUUUAGAUGAUAUGUAUUCUAAUGGGUGUUUGCCAAAUUUGGUGUCAUAUAGGACAUUAGUUGGUGGAUUAAUUGAUCAAGGGAUGUAUGAUGAGGCGAGGAAGUAUAUAGAGGAAAUGGUUUCGAAAGGUUGUUCGCCACAUUUUUCGAUUACUCAUUCGUUGAUCAAGGGUUUGUGUAAUGUUGGUAGAGUAGAGGAUGCAUCUAGUGUGCUUGGAGAAGUUUUGAAGUAUGGUGAAGCACCAUAUAUUGGAACAUGGGAAGAAGUUAUACCUAGGAUUUGUGAGGUAGAGGAUGUAUGUAGAUUGGAUAGGUUAGUGAAUGAGGUGAAUAAGGUGCAGUUAAAACCUCAUACAAGAAUAUUAGAGGCAGGUGCAGCCUUAGAGGAGUAUUUGAUCAAGAAGAUACAAACUAAAUACAGGAAAAAAAUGAGGUUUUCUUGUUAAAUUAUGAUUGCUUCCUGCACACUUGAUGUUUUCCUGGGUUGAAAAUGUGAUUAUAGGACAUUAUCAGUGUGAUAUCUCGAGUUGAAUUUUAGAAAGGAUUGAUAAUACAUAUUCAAUAUUAACAAGGUGCAUCUGAUUUUCAAGAGAAUUCAUUUGAUAAGAACUCUGCAGUUGAAUCUGCUUGGUGGGAAGGUUGGGAGACCUCUUGAGAAGUUUUAGGAUGGGGGACUUCCUGAAAAGUUUUCUCGAGUGCGUAGAGUGAUGCCAAGGUCCGCCGGAAGGAUUUGUGUUGGUCCAGUUUACAGCUCUCAUCGAUAAUCAGAUGGGGACGAGGUGUUCCUGUUUGUCAUCAAGUCAGUUCCAAGUGAAAGCUUCAUUACUAGAUUCGAUCCCAGAACAUUGCAUGGAAAAAAAAUACUUACUCGAACCGAGAAUUUUAGUUUUAUUUACGAAUAGUGAUAAUUAUAGCUUACUAGUACAAUACCCUUGCCAUGCACGGUAUGUAUAACUUUAUAUUUGUAUCAAGUUUUUUAUAAUCAUAUUUUUCUUGUUAGAAACUUAAAUUUGUUGAAUUUUAGCCUUUUUUACCCAUCAAUUACAACAUUGACAAUAAAGAUAAAAUGUACUUCAUCCGCAUGGUUUAGCACACGUUUUAU